AUGAUGAUGGCAAGAAAGCAAGAUGUUCGCAUCCCCACCUAUAACAUUAGCGUGGUGGGAUUAUCCGGGACGGAGAAGGAGAAGGGGCAGUGCGGCAUCGGGAAAUCCUGCCUCUGCAACCGCUUCGUGCGGCCCAGCGCUGAUGAGUUUCACUUGGACCACACUUCGGUCCUCAGCACCAGUGACUUUGGGGGGAGAGUGGUCAACAACGACCAUUUCCUCUACUGGGGGGAAGUCGUGCGCUCCCUGGAGGACUGCGUGGAGUGUAAGACGCAAGUGGUGGAGCAGACGGAGUUCAUCGACGACCAGACCUUUCAGCCGCACCGCAGCACGGCCCUGCAGCCCUACAUCAAGAGGGCUGCGGCGACCAAGCUGGCGUCGGCCGAAAAGCUCAUGUACUUUUGCACUGAUCAGCUGGGGCUGGAGCAGGACUUUGAGCAGAAACAGAUGCCGGACGGGAAGCUGCUGGUGGACGGUUUUCUCCUCUGCGUUGACGUGAGCAGGGGUAUGAACAGGAACUUUGACGACCAGCUGAAAUUCGUCUCGAAUCUGUACAACCAGCUGGCGAAAACGAAAAAGCCCAUCGUGGUGGUGCUGACCAAGUGCGACGAGGGCGUGGAGCGGUACAUUAGGGACGCGCAUACGUUUGCCUUAAGCAAAAAGAACCUGCAGGUGGUGGAGACGUCGGCGCGCUCCAACGUCAACAUCGACCUGGCCUUCAGCACCUUGGUGCAGCUGAUCGACAAAAGCCGGGGGAAGACCAAAAUCAUCCCCUACUUCGAAGCCCUGAAGCAGCAGAGCCAACAGAUCGCCGCCGCGAAGGACAAGUACGAGUGGCUCCCCCGCCGCAUCGUCAAGACCCACAAUGAGACGUGGUCCAACGUCAGCCGCAAGAUGCUGGCCUCGCCCGAGUACCAGGAUUACGUCUACCUGGAGGGCACGCAGAAAGCCAAGAAGCUGUUCCUGCAGCACGUCCACCGCCUGAAGCAGGAGCACAUCGAGCGGCGGCGGAAGAUGUACCUCGCCGUGCUCCCUCAGGCCUUCGAGGCCCUGAUCCCGGACCUGGACGAGAUCGAUCAUUUGAGCUGCGUGAAAGCGGAGAAGCUCUUGGAGACGAAGCCGGAUUUUCUGAAGUGGUUCAUCGUCCUGGAGGAGACGCCUUGGGACGCCACCAGCCACAUUGACAACAUGGAAAACGAACGGAUCCCCUUCGACCUCAUGGAGACCCAGCCCGCCGAGCAGCUCUACGAAGCCCACUUGGAGAAGCUGAGGAACGAGAGGAAACGGGCAGAGAUGAGGAGAGCUUUCAAAGAAAACCUGGAGACGUCCCCCUUCAUCACGCCCGGGAAGCCCUGGGAGGAAGCGCGGAGUUUUAUUAUGAACGAGGGCUUUUACAUGUGGCUGGAGGAGUCCGUUUACAUGGACAUCUACAGCAAGCACCAGAAGCAGAUCAUCGAGAAGGCCAAGGAGGAGUUUCAGGAGCUGCUCCUGGAGUACUCGGAGCUGUUCUACGAGCUGGAGCUGGACGCCAAGCCCAGCAAGGAGAAAAUGGGCGUCAUCCAGGACGUUUUGGGCGAGGAGCAGAGGUUCAAAGCUCUGCAGAAGCUGCAGGCCGAGCGGGAUGCUCUGAUUUUGAAGCACAUCCACUUCGUCUACCACCCGACGAAGGAGACGUGUCCCAGCUGCCCGGCCUGCGUCGACUCCAAAAUCGAGCAGCUGAUCAGCUCCCGCUUCAUCCGCCCCUCGGAGCGCAACCAGAAGAACCCACUGUCGGACGCCAACAUCGACCGCCUCAACCUGGUGAUCCUCGGCAAGGACGGGCUGGCGCGGGAGCUGGCCAACGAGAUCCGGGCGCUGUGCACCAACGACGACAAGUACGUCAUCGAGGGGAAGAUGUACGAGCUGUCCCUGCGGCCCAUCGAGGGCAACGUCCGGCUCCCCGUCAACUCCUUCCAGACGCCCACCUUCCAGCCCCACGGCUGCCUCUGCCUCUACAACUCCAAGGAGUCGCUGUCUUACGUGGUGGAAAGCAUCGAGAAGAGCAGGGAGUCCACCAUCGGGCGGCGGGACAACCACCUGGUCCACCUCCCGUUGACGCUCAUCCUGGUUAACAAGCGGGGGGACACCAGCGGCGAGACGUUGCACAGCUUGAUCCAGCAGGGCCAGCAGAUCGCCAGCAAGCUGCAGUGCGUCUUUUUGGACCCCGCCUCGGCCGGCAUCGGCUCGGCCGACGAGAAGCAGAUCAGCCAGGUCCUGAAAGGGCUGCUGGACUCGAAACGCAACCUCAACCUGGUCAGCUCCACCUCCAGCAUCAAGGACCUGGCGGACGUCGACCUUCGCAUCGUGAUGUGUUUGAUGUGCGGGGACCCCUUCAACGCGGACGACAUCCUCCUGCCCAUCCUGCAGUCCCAAACCUACCGGCCCUCGCAGUGUGGCAGCAGCAGCUCGGUCCUCCUGGAGCUGGCGGUGGGGCCUCACAAGCGGCGCGUGGAGCUCUCCCUCCUCUCCUACCACUCCUCCUUCAGCAUCCGGAAAAGCCGCCUCGUCCACGGCUACAUCAUCUUCUACUCGGCCAAACGCAAGGCGUCCCUGGCCAUGCUGCGUGCCUUCCUCUGCGAGGUGCAGGACAUCAUCCCCAUCCAGGUGGUGGCGCUGACCGACGGCUCCGGUGACAUUUUGGACAACGACUUGAGCCGGGAGCAGCUGAGCGAGGGCGAGGAGAUCGCCCAGGAGAUCGACGGCAAGUUCACCACCAUCCCCUGCAGCCAACCGCAGCACAAGCUGGAGAUCUUCCACUCCUUUUUCAAGGACGUGGUGGAGAAGAAAACCAUCGUCGAAGCCACCCACAUGUACGACAACGCCGCCGAA